AUGGGUAGGAAAAAGAUCAAAAUUGCAAAAAUAGAGAUGAAGAAUCACCUCCAAGUUACCUUCUCCAAACGUCGUUCAGGACUUUUCAAGAAAGCUAGUGAACUAUGUACUCUAUGUGGGGUUGAAUUCGCCAUUAUAGUUUUCUCCCCUGCCAAAAAAGUUUACUCUUUUGGCCACCCUAAUGUUGAGUCUAUUAUCGAUAGGUUUCUUUCAAGAAAUCCUCAUCCAAUAAUCUCCAAUCGACUUCAAUUCGUCGAGGGUCAACGACAUGUGAAUGUCCUUAACCUCAACUUGAAACUCACUCAAAUACUUGUUGAGCUUGAAGUUGAGAAGAAAAAAGGUGAAACACUUAAUCAAAUGAGGAAAACUAGGCAAAAACAAUGUUGGUGGGAAGCCCCUAUAUGUGAACUUGCUUUACAUGAGCUUGAGCAAUUAAAGGAUUCAAUGGAAGAAUUGAACAAGAAUGUAACCACUCAUCAGAAUAGUAUUUAUUCCUCUUUGAUUGCAAAUGGUGUUGGGAUUUUUGAUAACUAUGACAUCAAGCCAAUUCAGGUGCCCGAGCAGCAGAGUGAGGGUUCCCAGCAUUUUUCGGAGCUUAUCGGAGACUGCAAG